AUGCGGCGGCUGCGGGCGCGCCUCGCCGCCGCCGACGCGCCGAAGCACCUCGAGAAGCGCCACCCGAAUUUGUCCGUGUUCUCCGGGACGGCGGAGUUCGUCUCGGAGGACUGCGUCGAGGUCGCCGCGGACGGCGACCGCCGCCGGCUCGCGUUCGCCCACUGUAUCGUGGCCACGGGCGCGUCGCCGGCGCUCCCGGACGUGCCGGGCCUGCGCGAGGCGCCCUACCGCACGCACCUGAGCUGGUACGACUGCGAGGAGCUGCCGCGGCGCGCGGUCGUGCUCGGCGGCGGGCCCCAGGCGGCGGAGACGGCCCAGGCUUUGAGCGUGCUGGGCUGCCGCGUCUGCCUCGCGGCGCGCGGCGAGUUCCUGCCGCGGGAGGAUGCCGCCGCGGCGUCGGUCGUGCGCCGCGAGCUCGAGGCCGACGGCGUCGAGAUUUUGACGAACGUGUCCUUCGUCGCCGUGUCCGUCGACGAGGCCGAGGCGCUGCCCGUGGGCGUCGCCAUCCGCGAGACCAACGACUUCUACGCGAGCGAGAAGCGCGUGCUCCGCUGCGACGCGUUAUUGGUGGCGGCGGGCCGGAAGCCGCGCGUGGCCGGGUUGGGGUUGGACGCCGCGGGCGUCGCCUACGACGCGCAGAACGGCAUUCGAGUCGACGGUAUGUUGCGGACGUCGAACCCGCGGAUCUUCGCCGCGGGCGACGUCGCGUCGGGCUACCAGCACGCGCACGCGGCCGUCGCGAUGGCGGCCGCGGCCGUCGAGAACGCGCUGUUCGGAGGCGACGCGGACUUUGGGGCCGUGCUCCUGCCCUGGGUGACGCACACGGCGCCGGAGCUCGCCCACGUGGGCCUGUACGAGCGCGACGUCGCCGGCGGCUGCGACGUCUACGAGACGGACCUGGCGCACGUCGACCGCGCGAUCUUGGACGGCGACGAGGGCGGCCUCGUGCGCGUCGUCACGGCCCGGGGGAGCGACGAGAUCCUGGGGGCGACGGUCGUCGCGCCCCACGCCGGGGACCUCAUCGCGGAGAUCGCCGUGGCCAUGCACGGCAAGCUCGGCCUCGGCGAGCUCGGCCGCGUCGUCGUGCCCUACCCGGCGCUCGCGCAGGCCGUCCAGGCCUGCGGCGUCGCCUACAACCGCACGGUCUGGGACACCAUCGCCUCGCCGACGACGCUCGAGAGCCUCCGCGUCCGCAACAACAGCGACGCGGACCCGCCGGACGCGCCGCCGGACGCGCCGCCGCCGCCGCCAGAGCCCGCGCCGCCGGAGCCCGCGCGGGCCUGGCCCCUCUACGCCGCGCUCGCCUACGGCGCGGCCGCGACGGUCGCCGCCGUCGCCGCCGCGCGACGUCGCUCGUAA